UGUCCUAGGGAGGAGUCCGUUGUCUGACAGACGGAGGAGGGACGGAGCCGGGAUAUUGUCCUGCACAUCCAACCGUGUAGGUGCUGAGGAAGCUUCGUGCGCAUGAUCCCUACAUACAAACACAUAAGGGUGCUGCAGCGGCUGCUUCCUAAGGAAUCUCCCAUAGUUUGUAUCUGCAGUGCAACCCCCCUGCUCUCCCGUGUCUCCCUUUCUCCCCUUCUGAGUUCCCAAACACAAUUUCCCGUGAGCCUGGGGAACUUGCAGCCCAAAUCCAACAGCCACAGCAGCAUGUACCAAAGCAACAAGAAGAAAAGGCUAUGGAAGGAGGAGAAAGAACGGCUGUUAAAUAUGACACGGGACGAAAGACGCAAGGAAUACAGGGAAUACGUUUCACUGGAUAAAAUUCCAUCCCUAAUGGAAGAGCUGAAGAGCAAAGCAUCAAGUGAUGAUGAAAGCCCUGAGGAAAUUCAGGUGAAAAACAGCUUAUGCGAAAAAGUUUCGUUUUACAAAGGGGACAUCACCCAGCUGGAAGUGGACGCCAUAGUAAACGCCGCAAACACAUCUCUUCUUGGAGGAGGCGGGGUUGAUGGCUGUAUACACAGAGCUUCAGGGCCUAGUCUGCUUGCUGAAUGUCGUGAGUUGGGAGGCUGUGAAACAGGACAAGCAAAAAUCACUUGUGGUUAUGAAUUACCAGCAAAAUAUGUUAUUCACACUGUGGGGCCUAUUGCAAGAGGCCACAUAACUCCCAACCAUAAACAAGAUCUAGCGAGCUGCUACAAUUCUUCCCUCACUCUGGCGACUGAGAAUGAUAUCAGGACAAUAGCUUUCCCCUGUAUAUCUACUGGAAUUUAUGGCUACCCAAACGAGCCGGCAGCUAAUGUAGCUCUGACCACUGUCAAGGAAUUUUUAAAGAAGAACCGUGAUAAGAUCGAUCGUGUCAUUUUCUGUGUCUUCCUGGAAGUUGACUUUAAAAUCUACAAGAGAAAAUUAAAUGAAUUUUUUCCAAAAGAUGGCGGUGAUGAUGAAGAGGGGGAAAAAGGUGACAGUGACGAGAUGAAGGAAGAUACAGAAGGGAAGCCUCAGUCGCCUCCGAUGAAGAAAAUUAAGGAGAAAAAAGAAGAUACCCCCGCACCAGAUUCUCCUGAUGAGGAAUACUCAGCAGAAGAGGCUACAGGGAAUACCCAAGAUAUGACAGCGAUGAGCCUAGAAACAAAUGAAGGGAAUGAUGUUUCUUCCCCAGCUACAGACCCAUUAAAAGAAGGAGAAGAAUUGUCUGAGGCUAAAAUCACAGGAGAAAAAAUUUCCGAUGAGCCGAAGACGCCUGAACCGGAAGAUGCAAAAAUGACUGUAGAAGAAAAAUCACAAGAGCAAGAGGAUUCGGAAAAUAUGGAGACCAGUCAACCUAAAGUUUCAGGGGAGACAGAAGACUUGGACGGAGAUUCGGAAGAGCCUUCAGAUGUUCAAAAAGAAAUAGCUUCCCCAUCCAAUGAAACAUGUCAAGAAUCUGACCCAAAGGAUACAAAUGACGAUGAAAGCUCAUAAUUGAUUCCAAAGAUUUUGAUCCAAGGUAGAUAUGAAGCAAAUGAAGCCUAAAGAAGCCAAGAACGGCAGACAUGGAACAACUUCUAUACAGCAUCACUUCUAAUGAGGACCGAGGCUGUUGUGACUGUGUUCCUUAAUGGAGAUUAGAGGGCAGCAAGACAGAUAUUGGAUUUCAGUUUUAUUCUAUGCUGUAAACAUGUUGAUCUUUCUCUAAAUCAAAAUUUUUGGUCUCCAAGAAGCUGAAUUGCUUGUAGUUAUUAUUUUUAUUUUUUUCCUGGUUUAAAAUGUACACAAGGAAUUUGGUGAUCUGUUAUGAUUUAAACACAUUCAAAUUGACUGAUGAUAAAAAGUAUUUUCAUUUGUUUUGAUUAUUAUAGUUUAGCGCUUCUUUUGGAUUUUGCUUUUUUCAUUUGAUUUAUCUGAGAUUUCUGUUGCCUGAUACUGGAGAGUGGCAAUAAUUGUUUGCAAAUUUCUGUUUGUUUUGGGUUUUUUUUGCAUGCCUUAUUUCUCUUGAUUGUAAAGCUUAUUCCAUUAAACGUUUCUGUUUGGCUUUUGGCUUAAUGAA